GACCACACCCACUCUCCUCCUCCAACAGACAACCUAGAUCCAUGGCAGCAGCAGGCCCUCUUCGACCUCUGGACUCGCUUCUUUCGGCUGUGUCGGGUCCAACAAGGCACACAAGACUCGGCAGAGGAUCUCAAGCCAAACAAUUCGCCAUGGAAGGCCUCACUGCCCAGCGAUGCAGGCUCCACCUCGUCUAGAAAGGGCAAGCACCUCUCCGAGCUCAAGGAGAUGCGCAACUUCCUGCACAAGUAUGGAGGGCAGCGGCUGAGAAAGGUCUUCUGGCAGAUGGUCAAAGGGGAGCAUCCAGACGCCAUCAUGCUGCGCUGUCUCCGAGCCCGAAAGUGGGACAUCGAUCGUGCUUUGGCCAUCCUGGGAGCUAUCGCUGCCUGGAGGGUAGAGGAGAGGGUGGAAGAGAUUGCUCAAGGGGGAGAAGCUCGGCUGGCACAGACGAGGGGAGGGAUCAAUGUCCACCAGAAAGGAAUCUCCUAUGCCCAUGGCGCAGCGAUCAAUGGGGAGCCCAUCUACAUCAUCGAGGUGGGUAGACACUACUCAUCUUCACAGACCCAAGAAGAGCUCAAGCAAAAGAUCAUCCUCGAUCUGGAGACGCUGGCGUCAUUGAUGCCGCCCCCAGUGGAACGGAAAGUGGUCAUCUUCAAUAUGCAAAACUUCUCACUACGGAAUAUGGACUAUUGGUGCGUCUUCUAUCUGGUCAAGAGUAUGCAAAAAUAUCCCGAGACUCUCGCUCGAGUCUACGUGCACGCAGCACCUUGGAUCUUCAAGCCCGUAUGGGCCAUUCUCAAGCCCUUACUAGACCCAGUGGUUCGCGAAAAGAUCCGCUUGACAUCGGACAUUAAAGAGCUGGAAGAGUACAUCCCACUAGAUCGUCUACCAAAAGAAAGCAUGAAAGGCGAGAUGGAUUGGGUAUUCGAAUGGGACCCGCCAGUGGAAGGCGAGAACGACGUGCAGCUGGACACUGCAACAAGAGACGCAUUACAAGAAGAGUACUUUACGAUUUGCUUUCAGCUCGAGAGGGCUACACGAGCAGUAUCGCGCUGUCUAGAUAAAUUCUAUGCAGAACGCGAAGAAGCACAAGCAGGCUCUGCCUCUGCUUCAUCGGCGACUGGAAGAGGCCGCUACGACCGCCAUCACCCCCCACCGCACCAGGAAUCGGAUGACUCGUCUUCGAUUGUAGGGGGCGUAGAAUGGGAUGAGCCGGCGGAGCUGGCCUCUCUCAAGGCAAAGCGGGAUGUGCUAGCGACCAAAUUGCGCGUAAUCUGGCUGCAGCUCAGGCCAUACAUGACCGGUGUGGUGGUUCAGGCUCGGUGGAACGUCAUGCAGCCCGAUGGGACCAUCGUCUGGACAUACCCAAAGUUGGACGGUACCGUAGAGGAGCAGAGAUUUGGCGAGGAGACCAGUCUGCCUGCCCUUGCACGGAAUCUG